UGUCUGUACCCUUUCGUCCCUUCCCCUCUAAAACCUCAUCUUCCCCAUUUAUUUCUCCCAUUCUUUCUCCUUUUCUCGAUAAUUACUAAUUAAUUAAUCAUCUCCUUAAUUAACUCUUAAAAUCACCAAGCAAAUCAAGAUUUUCAUCAUCAUCAUCAUUCAUUUCCAACACACGCAUGCCCUUAUUCGCUAAUAGUGAAUGCAUAGAUUUUUUAACUCUAUACACUUUCAUUGAUAAUCAAUGGCAGUUCGGACUCACCAUCCGUCGAGAUUCCUCUUCGUCAACAAUAACGGACAAGAAGAUAAUAAUUGCUCGUUGCAGCCUCAAGACACUCAUUUCACUUUGAUCAAAGCUGGGGUAGUUGAUUCAAGAAAGCGAUCAAGAGACGUUUCAUCGGUGGGUUUUAUUCAGUUCUCGUCCGUAGCUGCUCAGAUGAACCCUCCACCGCCUAAACCGCCGCAAGUUAUCGGUAUGAGCGAGUUGUUGCAGAGUCAUAACCGGAAAACGCUUAACAUGGUUUCCACUGGUCUUCUUCGUUCAUCUCAUGAGCAGUCACAGAAUGGAGAACAGCUGCUUUCGUCUUCUUCUAUGCUUCCCGGAGAUCUCGCCGGAGAAUCAAAACGUCAAAGAGAUGAACUCGACAGUUUCAUUCAAACUCGGGGUGAGGAGCUUCAGCGUAAGUUAGCGUUGUACGGAGAAAGUCGUUACGUAGAGCUAUUAUACGCCGCGGAGGAGUUAGCGGGACGGAGGGUGAGAGAAAAAGAAGCAGAGCUAGAGAAAGCCACGCGCCGUCACGCUGAGCUAGAGGCGCGUGCAGCUCAGCUCACGGAAGAGGCGCGAACGUGGCAGUUAAGAGCUGCGACGCGGGAAGCCGAGGUUUCGUCGUUACAUGCUCAUAUUCAAAAAGUCAUAGCGAGCCAAGCUACGGCGGAGAAACAGAGAACGAUCGGCGGCGAGACGGAGGACGCUGAGUCGGUCUUCGUGGAUCCGGAACGGAUCGAAUUGAUCGGACCUUGUUGUAGUAUUUGCCGACGGAACUCGGCGACGGUGAUGGCAUUGCCGUGUCGACAUUUGGUUCUUUGUAAAGGAUGCGACGGCGGCGGCGAUGUGCGUGUCUGUCCGAUUUGCCUCGCCGUUAAGAAUUUCGGUGUCGAAGUUCUAUUUUCUUGAUUAUGAUUUAUUAUUAAUGGGCCCAUUAGGCCCAUUCGCCCAUCUUAGCCGAGGAACAAAGGAUACAGCCGUACAAAAAGAAAAGUCUAUCUCAACCUACGUAAAAUAAUAUGCGUAUGACAUUCGAAAAUUUAAUCUAGUUGAUGUACCCGUUGGUCGCAGCGGUUGAGAUCUCAAGAAGAAGAUCUCCGGCGACGGUUACGAGUGGUGAUGAGGAGGAUAGCGGUGGGUCACGUUUUGCUUGUCUAGGGUUUCCGGUGAUGCAUUGGCGGAUGAGAUUUCGUUCAACGUUUGAACUCUCCGUCGAGAAGACAAGGCGGCGUAGAUGACCGAUGAGGUCGCGGAUGCUCUGUAGUCUCGGAGCUCCGGCGAAAAGUGGCUACGGUGGUAAGCGUCGGUGGCUGUGAGAGGAUGGUGCGUCGAAGUCGAGGCGGACGACACGUGGCGAGCUGAUUAGCCAGAUUCUUACGCGUGGUUUAGCUCGGCCUCCUUCACGCGAUCCAGAUCAAGCCCGACGGUGUGGUUUUUGGGCCUUGGGCCAUGUCUCUUUGAUUGGGCUUCGGCCGUUUCUUUAUGCUUGUUGCCCGCUAGGUGGCUGGGUUUUUUUGGGUUGUGCUCUGUUGUAUUUGGGCUUCGGCCGUGGGCUUGGCCCAUUUGAUCAAUAAAAUAACAAUUUGGGAAAAAAAAAAAAUCUAGUUGAUGUACAUAAGACAUAGCCACAUGUUGUGGGAUCUUUUCGUUUUGCCUUCUUAUUUCACUUUGUUUUUUUUUUGAAAUUAUCUGCUUCUUUUUA